CGGCGGUGGGAGUCACGGCGUGAGGGCCCGCUCGCUCCCGCGCUGCGCCGUGCCAGGCCGCCCGGCGGGAUGCAGUGGGCCGUGGGCCGGCGGUGGGCGUGGGCCGCGCUGCUCCUGGCCGCCGCGGCCGUGCUGGCCCAGGUGGGCCGGCUCUGGCUGGGCACGCAGAGCUUCGUCUUCCAGCGCGAAGAGAUCGCGCAGUUGGCGCGGAAGUACGCAGGGCUGGACCACGAGCUGGCCUUCUCUCGGCUGAUCGUGGAGCUGCGGCGGCUGCACCCAGGACAUGUGCUGCCCGACGAGGAGCUGCAGUGGGUGUUCGUGAACGCGGGCGGCUGGAUGGGUGCCAUGUGCAUUCUGCACGCCUCGCUGUCCGAGUACGUGCUGCUCUUCGGUACCGCCCUGGGCUCUGGCGGCCACUCGGGGCGCUAUUGGGCUGAGAUUUCGGACACCAUCAUCUCUGGCACCUUCCACCAGUGGAGAGAGGGCACUACCAAAAGUGAGGUCUUCUACCCAGGGGAGACAGUGAUGCACGGGCCUGGUGAGGCAACGGCUGUGAAGUGGGGGCCAAACACGUGGAUGGUGGAGUACGGCCGGGGUGUCAUCCCGUCCACCUUGGCCUUCGCGCUGGCAGACACAAUCUUCAGCACCCAGGACUUCCUCACCCUCUUUUAUACUCUUCGCGCCUAUGCUCGGGGCCUCCGGCUUGAGCUCACCACCUACCUCUUCGGCCAGGACCCCUGACCAGCCAGGCCUGAAGGAGGACCUGUGGAUGGAGAGGAGUGGGCAGGCCCACACAUAGCCACUUGCUGGAACCCAUGUGAAAAGACAAAGACAUACUCACAACUUGCAGAUACUGAGUUCCAGGUGUAUGAGCAGGGACAUACAUGCUUAUACAGCCAAACAUAGAGACCCGUGGGAACAUAUGGGACACACAUUCAGAUGCUGAAUCCUGUGUGUAUGGCAGCAUCAUGCAUUCACACCCAUCCAGCGAGGGAGCCCACCUAUACCAAGGGGCCAGUCAUGUUCAAACACAUACCACAAGCUUGACUCACUAACUCAGGCCUUUCCAGAGCUUCCCUGCCCCCUGUCAGGGCUCUGGAGUUGGGGGUGGAGGUGGGUAUUACACUCUGCCUGGGUCUGACUCCUCAAUCCAGCAGCAAUUGGGGGGGAGGGUGAGGGAGAAGAGGAGCUGCCUUUGGAAGCCCCCUUCACCUGCAGUUAUGAUGCCCUUCCCCUUCAUCCCCCUGUCCUCACCAUAUGCCUUACCCCCAUUCUUUCCCCUGCUAUGCAAGUGCCCUCAUGGCCUGUGCCCGACCCUCUCAGCAACCAAGUCAGCUGGGGAACAAGAAGAAUGUGGAGAAUGCUGAGGUCAGGGUCCUCCUAUCCUGAAAGACCCCCUAUUCCUCCCUCGGGGGUAUGAUGAGGAGGCUGGCCUCAGCUCAGGGCCCACCACUGGAGAGAGGGCCUGGAGAGGUGGGCUUAGGUCCAAGGGACCAUUCCUGGCCUAGAGAAGGCCUUUUCUGCGUGCGCACGCGCGCACACACACACACACACACACACCCAUCACCGCUUCCAGACACUGCCCCUGCUGCAUUCUCUGUCCAUCUGUCUGUCUCUGUUAAUAAAGACCUGUUGAACAGUUCCA